AUGGCGUGGUCAAGCAAGCAAGCAAGCAAGCCAUGUAUGCAAUCUAGUCUGUCUGGCAACUGGGGACUAGGCAAUGUCGACGGUAAGCAAGCAAGCACAUGUGCAUGGGCUCUUUUUGGCGGGGGAAACUUCUUUGGCGGGCUUCAGGAUGCGGGGGAGUGUAUCAGCCAAGCUGCAAGCCACGACGACGACGACGACGAUGAGGGCCAAUGGGGGCGAAGCGUCCAGUUUGGAAAAGCCAUUGGUUGCAUGCAUGCAUGCAUUUGUUCGUUACCAGCAGUUUUAUCCGGAGUGGGCAGCAGUAGUCCUGAUGAUGAUGAUGAUGAUGAUGAUGAAGAAGAAGCAUCAUGA